CUUAACUCGAUACCGGUCUUCUUUGCCGUGCUACAUGUCCAUAUAUUAUUCUUGUGUUGCUUCGUAUUGCUGCUUAUACGAAACUUUUAAUCACAUUUUAAUCAGAGCACUAAUACAAGGAAACUUUAUUAUCGCAAUCAUAAGGAAAACCGAAGAAUGUGAGACGUUUUUAUGUUUUAGUAACAGACUGCGAUUAUGGGCAGUAUCUUAUAAAAUUCCACAUAAAUUAUUUUCCAAUGAAGUAGCAGAAGGCUAUAGCUGGAUUGGAUUUAAAGGAAAAAAUAAGUUCUCUCUUUUACGUAUUGCAGCUGUUAUAAUAACGGCAGUGCAAAAAACACAUAGCUCAAUCACGCUGUGUGACAUUGAAGCAGUUAUCAAAGCAUGGCUUGUCAAAGCAAAGUUUAGAAACACUAAAAAGACGACGUAAUCUAAUUCAUUUAUUAUGAUUUAUAAUAAAGUGGUCACACAUCAAGAAUGUGAAAUGAAACUCUAAGAAUACGAUGAAAAAUUAAUUUUAUUUCAA